CAUUCCAUACGACAGGUACAAUUAAAAUUUGCUGGACCCCACCUAUUUAUAACUUUACAAGCCUCAGUUAGUUAAUUUAUGUUUUAUACCGUUCGUAGUACAUAAGUCAAUUUGACAGAUUAAGACAAAUUAUUGAUAUUUAAUUUAGGCUUGUAGCGCGCUUAUAAAUAAAGCAGUAUGUCAGUCAAAUGUAAUCAAAAUUCAAUUCUAAAUUGUAUAUCUCUUGGUUGGAAUUUACCUUAACCACUUGAGUCCCUCGGACCUAAAUUUGCCAGCCAAAAAUUAGCCAAGAGUUCUUAAAUUUAGAAUUGAAUUUUGUUUAGUUCAGGGACUUCUAAAACAUAAUUUAGAUGCUUUUAAAACACUUACUGAAACAAUCUUGCUGCAAUGUCUGCAAUUUGACUAUGAAGAAAAGUUCUGAACUUUUUAUUUGAUAAAACAGAUGUUCAAAUUCAAGAAUAAUAAUUAUGAUUUAAAUAAUAAUUGUACAUAAAAUUAAUAUUUCCACUAUUACAAAUAAACAAAAGAAAUAGGAAACAUAAAACAGCGGUAAAAAGUUUUCAAAUUGACUUUUCUAAUACGCAUGCGCCAUCUAUCAGACACCGCUGUCUGUUGAUUGGUUGCCGCCAUCUUGCGCGGGAAAUUGAAUUGCAAAUUUAGCUUUCUAAAUUCUUGUUUCUGAUAAUAAACGUGCCAAUUUUUGUUUAAAUAUGUGAAAACAUAUUCUAAAAUAAUAAAUUGAUUUACUAAAUGGAGAUUUUAUGGUUUGUUGGGUUAUUUUUGUUAAAAAGUGUUGAUAUUUUUGCUCGUCAACCCUCUUUGCUAGGGGCGGGGUGGGGAGAUGGUGGGGGACAGUCACUACCUGGUUCGCGGCGAGUCUGCUCGCCGUCAGUCGUGAUUGCGCCGCCGCCGCGCGAAUAUCCUAGCAGGCCACGCUGCUCGAAUCACGAUAGAAUUUACUUAUUUGAACUUUUCUGCAACUUUUUGCGGCGAUGCCGCUGUUACAUCAGGAUAAUACCCGCGGAGGCGGGGGCCCGGCAGAGAAACGGCGCUCCCUGGCAGAGAUCCUGGAGCUGAACACUACGCAUCUCUCGGAACCGGCUUCUGCGCCCGCUAGGGCCCGGAGCUUUGUGCAGGACAGCGACAAUGAGUGGCGCUGGGAGGAGCCCGGCAGCCCCGAGGUCGCGCAGACCCCGCGGGCCCUCGUCCCGCCCGGCUGCUUCCCGCCGCGACACUCUACCAGCUUCGGCAGCUACAGCGAGCGCGCCCGGCCCGGCGGCUGGGACGACGGGCAGGGCAUUACGGACCUCGUGGCUUCUUUGGCCCUGGCGGUGCCGGCGAGCUCACGCGGGCAAACUUCGCAACAGCCGCGCCUUUCCUACGACGGCAUCGAAAAAAUGAUUAUAAAUGGCGAUUUCUUUCGUUGUCGUUGUGAUGAAUUUUUCGUCUGCACUCCUUCAGAUUUAAAAUGCUGUAGCAUCUUUGAUACAGUGGAACUUUAUAAAGGUAUAUUUGCAAAAGUAUAUUUGUUCACGCUGGUGUUGCAGGUGGAGCCCCCGUGGCCGCCGGAGCAGCCCCGCGAGGCGCCGUCGAGGGCAGACUUCAGCCUGCUGCCGCGCCGGGCUUCGUUUUGUGGCGUAGUGGAGCCCCACGGCGUGGUGUCCGGCGACGGCGACUCGCUGUGCUGGAGCGGCACGCUGCCGCCGCGCGCGGCCGACCCGCCGGGCGGGUGGUCGCCCAAGGUGUUCGUGGGCGGGCUGCCGUGGGACAUCACGGAGCACGCGCUGCUGCAGGCGCUGCGCCCCUUCGCACCCGUGCGUGUGGAGUGGCCGGGUCGCGAGGCGGGGACCCCGCUACGCGGGUUCGGUUACGUGACGUUCGAGUCGGAGCGCCGCGUGCGGGCGCUACUAGCGGCCAGCCGCCGCGACCGCAAUGACUGGUACUUCCGCAUCGCCUGCCGCAAGCGGACCACCAAGGACGCGCAAGUGAUCCCUUGGGCCGUGGCGGACUCGUCGUGGGUGGCGGGCGGCGCGGCGCGGCUGGAGCAGUCUCGCACCGUGUUCGUGGGCGCGCUGCACGGCAUGCUCAGCGCGAGGGCCCUGGCCAUCAUCAUGAACGACCUGUUCUCCGGCGUGGUGUAUGCAGGCAUCGACACUGACAAGAAUAAGUACCCGAUCGGGUCAGGGCGCGUGUCGUUCGGCAACGCGCGCUCCUACGUGCGCGCCAUCGCCGCCGCCUACGUCACCAUACGCACGCCCAAGUUCUCCAAGAAGGUGCAGGUGGACCCGUACCUGGAAGACUCGAUGUGUUCGAUGUGCAACCUGCAGCAGGGGCCUUACUUCUGCAAGGAGCCAGUUUGCUUCCGGUACUUCUGCCGCUCGUGCUGGGCGUGGCAGCACGCGGGCGAGGAGCACCGCCCGCUCAUGCGCAGCUCCGCGCACAGGCCGCCGCGCGACGACUUCAUGUACGGUGAGUAGCCGAGUACCGUGUCCAGUGUCGCUGGCCAGUAGGCGUAGCACAGGAGUGUGACAGUGAGGAGCACCGCCCGCUCAUGCGCAGCUCCGCGCACAGGCCGCCGCGCGACGACUUCAUGUACGGUGAGUAGCCGAGUACCGUGUCCAGUGUCGCUGGCCAGUAGGCGUAGCACAGGAGUGUGACAGUGAGGAGCACCGCCCGCUCAUGCGCAGCUCCGCGCACAGGCCGCCGCGCGACGACUUCAUGUACGGUGAGUAGCCGAGUACCGUGUCCAGUGUCGCUGGCCAGUAGGCGUAGCACAGGAGUGUGACAGUGAGGAGCACCGCCCGCUCAUGCGCAGCUCCGCGCACAGGCCGCCGCGCGACGACUUCAUGUACGGUGAGUAGCCGAGUACCGUGUCCAGUGUCGCUGGCCAGUAGGCGUAGCACAGGAGUGUGACAGUGAGGAGCACCGCCCGCUCAUGCGCAGCUCCGCGCACAGGCCGCCGCGCGACGACUUCAUGUACGGUGAGUAGCCGA